GCGUGUCCAGCGAUCUACAGACUCUGCUGUAGCAGGUGCGGCUGCGUGUCCAGCGAUCUACAGACUCUGCUGUAGCAGGUGCGGCUGCGUGUCCGGCGAUCUACAGACUCUGCUGUAGCAGGUGCGGCUGCGUGUCCGGCGAUCUACAGACUCUGCUAUAUCGCACAGGGGCAGUCAGUAGGCGGCGUGCGUUCUCCACACUCGCAAACCCCGCCCUCUGGGUGGCGUCUCCUCGAUCAGAGUGUUUUCUUGCAGGCUGGUUGUCCCGAUCGCUCCACAAGGUAAACAUGGCGCUCGUCUUCACAAUCGUCCGGGUGCUGCUCGGGCUGUUUUUCGCGUUGACCGGAGCUGUCAAGCUGACCGAUCGGAUCUCAGAAGACGUCUACAAGCAGCUGCGCUCUCAGUUUGUCCAGUUCGCGGAGGUGUUCCCGCUGCAUGAUUUGGGGGUGCAACCGGACCCCCUCCUCUACCUGCAGGUGACCGGCUGGGUGGAGCUGCUGGCUGGGCUGCUGCUGGCCUUCGGACCCGGACUGCUGCAGACGCUGAGCAGCCUGGUGCUGUCUGUCGUCAUGAUCGGAGCCCUCUUCACCCUGAUAAAGUUGGGGGAGCCCCUCUCGAUGUGCGCCCCGGCCACGGUGUGCCUCGGGCUGCUACUGCUGCUGAUCCUGCGUGGGAGCGGACCGAGGGGCCGCAGGGUCAAGACAGACUGACCCCUGAGUCCUGACCACAGAGACACUGACCACGAGGACCAGACACAGAGACGCGCAAACACACACACACACACACACACACACACACACACACACACACAGUAUCUCUGUCUCUCUCCAGGACUUGCUUCUCCUCCAGAACUCUGACUCUUAACAAUUCUCCCUCAGCAAAGUGCUUUUCUACUACAAAUAGAUUUUUUUAAGAAUUUGCUUAGAGAAAAAAAACCCUCCUGUGUCCGGGGGUGCAGAUUUGGAGUGAAAUUCUAGCGCCAGGAUACCUCACGCAGAUCCAGGGUACCCCACACAGAUCCAGGGUACCCCACACAGAUCCAGGGUACCUCACACAGAUCCAGCUAAACUUUCCAAACAGUGUAGCAGCGAUGUUGUGAAGGGUUUGCAGUCCUGUGCCGUGUCGGUGUGUCAUGUGGAGGAGCUCCAUUCCAUUGAAUAUGCUAUUGUCUAUCUUUGUUCCUAUUUUACAAUCUAAAGUGUGCUUCUCUCUGCUUUGUGUUGAAUUGUAUUGUGCUUUUCUAUAUUGUGCUUCUCUCUGUAUUGUAUUGUAUUGUGCUUCUCUGCUUUGUAUUCGUCAGGACUGGGAUAUACUGUCUGUAUGAAAGACGCUCUGUAAAUACAAUGAGGUUUGAUUUGAUUUAGUAUUGCUUAUAUUGGUGGGUGAUUGGUUUUGUUUUAUGUAACGUUCUGGUCUCUCCCACGUGUUUUAAUUUCGUUACAUUUUGGUAAAAUAUGAAAUCAAUGAGCUUGCUGCUCUCGCCGCGUGCUUUCUUAAAUACUGGAUACGUUCCCUCUGUAUUUUAACAUACAAUAAAAGAGCUAUAUUUGCAUCCUUUA